AGAUUCAAUAUUCCGCAGAGAGUGAGUGUGUGAGAGAGAAGAAAACAGUAAUGGCGAACCCUCCAAAGCCAUGGAAAGCGGAGUACGCCAAGUCAUCCAGGUCCUCCUGUAAAACCUGCAAGACCCCCAUUGAUAAAGAGAAGUUCCGGCUCGGCAAGAUGGUUCAAGCCAGCCAAUUCGACGGCUUCAUGCCUAUGUGGAACCAUGCUGGUUGCAUAUUGAAGAAGGCUAACCAAAUAAAAUCCCUUGAUGAUGUUGAAGGCAUAGAGCAACUAAGAUGGGAUGAUCAGCAGAUGAUCAGAAAAUAUGUAGAGAGUGGUGGACCAUCAAAGAAUACUGCUAAAGAUGUUGCUUCUGCUGUUGCUGAAUGUGGUAUUGAGGUUUCACAAACUUCUCGUGCUACUUGCAAGCGUUGCAGUCAGAAGAUUAUGAAAGGAGAGGUUCGUAUAUCCUCCAAACCUGACGGUCAAGGUGCUAAGGGUUUGGCAUGGCACCAUGCCAACUGUUUCUUGGAAAUGUCGCCAUCUACCCUAAUUGAGAAGCUGUCUGGAUGGGAUGGCCUUUCAAGUUCUGAUCAGGAAACUGUUUGUGCCCUUAUCAAAAAGUCUCCUUCUGCUGCAGAAAUUGGCACAAAAGUUAAGGGCAUAAAGGAUGAUGAACAAUCAACAUCCAAGGGUGGUAAACGUAAAAAAGAUGGUACUGGUGAUCAGAAGUCAAAAAUUGUGAAAACUGAAGGAGAUGUUUCAGUGAGAAAGGCAGCAUCACAAAAGAAUGCUAACAACAUGGAGGCGGAAAACCAAAAGACAUCUGAUCUAGAAAGGAAGCUUGAGGCUCAAUCUAAAGAAAUUUGGGCUUUAAAGGAUGAUCUUAAAAAGCAUGUGACAACAGCAGAGUUGCGAGAGAUGCUUGAAGCUAAUGGUCAAGAUUCAACAGGAUCAGAACUUGAUUUGCGAGACCGCUGCGCUGAUGGCAUGCUGUUUGGAGCACUUGGCCACUGCCCGCUUUGUUCCAGUAGUCUUCGUUAUUCCGGAGGCAUGUACCGCUGCCAAGGCUACCUGUCUGCAUGGAGCAAGUGUUCUUACUCCACUGUUGAGCCUGAGCGUAUUAAAGGAAAGUGGAAAAUCCCUGAAGAAACAAGUAAUCAGUAUCUUCGCAAGUGGUUUAAAUCACAAAAGGGAAAGAAACCAGUUCGAGUAAUGCCUCCACAAUCAUCCAAUAUGUCUUGUGGAAAACAAGCUGCUAGCCCAUCUCAGUCAUCAAAGAGUGAAAAUUUAUCAGAUUUGAGAGUUGCUAUUGCUGGAUAUUCCAAGCAAUGUGUGGGAGAAUGGAAGAGCAAAAUUGAGGGGGUGGGUGGAUCUUUUCAUGCCAAGAUAAAAGAAGAUACUAACUGCUUUGUGGUGGGUGGAAUGCUGGAUGCUGAAGAUGCAAAGAUGAGGAGGGCAAGGAAAAUGAAAUUGCCUGUUCUAAGGGAGGAUUAUUUGGUUGACUGUUUCAAAAGCCAGAAGAAGCUUCCAUUUGAUAAAUACAAAAUUGAAGCCAGUGGGGAGACCUCUAGCAUGGUCACAGUUAAAGUUAAAGGGAGAAGUGCUGUGCACGAAGCUUCUGGCCUGCAAGAUUCAGGUCAUAUCCUUGAGGAUGGGAAAAGCAUCUAUAAUACAACUUUGAAUAUGUCUGACCUGUCAACUGGUGUUAACAGUUACUAUAUCCUUCAGAUCAUUCAAGAGGAUAGGGGGUCAAAUUGUUAUGUCUUCCGUAAAUGGGGCCGAGUUGGGAAUGAUAAAAUUGGUGGAAACAAACUGGACGAGAUGCCAAAAUCUGAUGCAAUUCAGGAAUUUAAGCGUUUAUUUCUUGAGAAGACUGGGAAUCCAUGGGAGGCGUGGGAACGAAAGCAAAAUUUUCAGAAGCAACCUGGAAGAUUCUUCCCAUUGGAUAUUGAUUACGGGGUCAAUAAGCAGGUUUCAAAGAAGAACAAUCUAUCCAAUGUGACCAGCCAGCUAGCUCCUCAAGUAGUAGAAUUGAUGAAGAUGCUCUUUAAUGUGGAAACAUACAGAUCUGCCAUGAUGGAAUUUGAAAUUAAUAUGUCAGAAAUGCCACUUGGAAAGCUGAGUAAAAGUAACAUACAGAAGGGUUUUGAGGCAUUAACAGAGAUUCAAAAUCUAUUAAAUAGUAAUGCUCAUGAUCCCUCUUUCAAAGAAAGCCUGAUUGUUGAUGCCAGCAAUCGGUUUUUCACUGUGAUUCCUUCCAUUCAUCCACAUGUAAUUAGGGAUGAAGAUGAUUUCAAGUCUAAGGUGAAAAUGUUGGAAGCUCUGCAGGACAUUGAGAUAGCUUCUAGAUUAGUGGGUUUUGAUGUUGACAGUGAUGACUCCCUUGAUGACAAAUACAAGAAACUCUGUUGUGAUAUUGCUCCACUUCCCCAUGAUAGUGAAGAGUAUCGACUGAUUGAGAAGUAUCUUCUUACUACCCAUGCCCCUACACAUAUGGAUUGGACUCUUGAACUGGAAGAGGUUUUUUCACUUGAAAGGGAAGGAGAAUUUGAUAAGUUUGCUUCUUAUCGAGGAAAGCUUCAAAACAGGAUGCUCCUCUGGCAUGGUUCCCGGUUGACAAACUUUGUGGGUAUACUUAGUCAAGGACUGAGAAUAGCUCCUCCUGAAGCUCCAGCAACUGGCUAUAUGUUUGGCAAGGGGGUUUACUUUGCUGACCUGGUCAGUAAGAGUGCUCAGUAUUGCUAUACUGAUAGGAAAAAUCCAGUUGGUUUGAUGCUUCUGAGUGAAGUUGCCUUGGGAGAGGUUUAUGAACUGAGGAAGGCCAUGUAUAUGGAUAAGCCUCCUGAAGGAAAGCACUCUACAAAAGGACUUGGCAAGAAGAAACCUCAGGAUUCAGAGUAUGUAAAGUGGAGGGAUGAAGUGGUUGUGCCUUGUGGCAAGCCAGUGCCGUCAAAUGUCAAGUCCACUGAGUUGAUGUAUAAUGAGUACAUUGUUUAUAACACAGCUCAAGUUAAGAUGCAGUUCUUGUUGAAGGUGAGGUUUCAUCACAAGAGGUGAAGGAACAGGUAAAUGGCUGGCAAGUGGUGUCUUGAAGAAGCAUAUAAUGGCGCUGCUGUGUAAAUAGUGUCUGCUGUUUUCCUACUUGCGUGAUUCUCGUUUCUUUUUGUGGGCUGGGUUGCUCACCCUGCCGUUGCAUGGUUGGUGUUUUGUAACAAAAUUUCACCCAAUAUUUACCCCAUUUUGGAUUUGGUGAUAAUUGUUCCAGUUCUGCUAAGAUCUCAUUUUGGGAUUUGCCAGAGAUCUGUCAACUUGUGAAUUUUGGAUGUGUAAAUAACUUCUGUAAGUUACGGAGAUAAUAUGAAGCCCCCCAUUCUCAGCAAAUUCUGGGUUAUAGUGCAUUUGAUAUUU